GCCAUAUUCUAGAUCACCUGUAAUGUGUGUAAAGGGUACACGGAUGUAGUGGAAUGUGUGGAUUUAAAGCAGCAGGAAUAAAAGUUGUGGUAUAAGGAAUUCCUAGACCAAAACCCACCAAUUAAAAACAAUAAUACAUUUUAUAAAAUAUUUAUUGUUUAGAAAAUCAAAAUAAUCAUUUUAGUCAGCCCAAGCAAGGUUGAUGUUGUGUCUUCCAACUCACAAAAAGUUUUAAUAAUGAUACUAUAAUACUGUAAUACACAAUCGAAUUGUUUAAUAAAAAUUAAAUUAAAUACAGAAAACCUAAAUUAAUUUGUUAACGAUGUUGAAAAGACCCGUUAUGUCCUCAGCUCGUUUGGGACCCCUCAAUAACAAUACACACCAAUACAGAAAAAGGCGUGAAUUGACUGAGGACCAGAAAUCUGAAAUGAAAGAGGCUUUUGAGCUUUUUGAUACCACAGGAUCAGGCCGUAUAGACGCCAAAGAACUGAAAGUUGUUAUGAAGGCGCUGGGAUUCGAUCCUUCCAAAGAAGAUCUCCGCGCUGUAAUGAAUAUGGCCGACAAAGAUGGCUCUGGAACUAUUUCAUACGACGACUAUUUUUCAAUUAUGACCAACAAAAUACUGGAAAGGGACCCUAUGGAGGAAAUGUCGAGAGCUUUUCAACUUUUCUCAGAUCCAAACACUGGAAAUAUCAGUUUUAAAAGUCUGAAACGGGUGGCCGAAGAGCUCGGCGAGAUGGUAUCCGACGAGGAAAUCAAACAGAUGAUUUUGGAAGCGGACAGAGAUGGCGACGGGGAGAUCAACGAAUCUGAGUUUAUAAAGGUCAUGAAAAAGUCAAACUUAUUUUGACUCCAAGAAGACUGAAUAUUGUUCAUGCGGAUAAUUCAUAUUACCUAAUAUUUUCAAAUUAAGCGGAUUAUAAA